AUGUACCUCUAUCUGCACAGCCACUACAAUGUGGCUGGUGAGGCUGAGCAUCUACAUAUUCUGCCGGGAUCUCCUUUGGUAUCAACAACAGCGGGGGUUGAAAGGCGGUCACUCGAGUGGCCCGUGCCUCUUCACGUGGCCUGGCCAAGGUCCCCGGCGAGAGUCAUAGUGGCGGUGACAGGCCACUACCAAUCAGAACCCGUGGGUCACCGCUUCUUCAGCGGGGAUCCGGUGAACCUGCUCCAGGCUAAGAAGACUUACAGUACUAUCGCAACUGACUUACAACAACAAGAAUCCUACUACUAUCGAGAAGAAGACGGAGCUCAACUCAAAGUUCACUACUCGCUCGACUGCGAAAGUGCCCCAGGCGGUGAUAGCGGAGAUGCACUUACUAUGCGGCCAUGCCUCCUCGAGUCUCGGCAGACCCUCUAUGACCCGUUUGACUCCCUCUCUAUUCACGAUGGCAGCAGGUCUGUGUUCACCAGGCUCUCCACCCAUGCCGAAUUGAUUUGA